UUCCACCUCCAGCCAAUCCCAGGGAAGACAGGAGGGCACUCCUCCAAUAGGACCCUGGAGCCGUCGGUAGCAGUGGCGGCCUGCGACCACCCCUAGCGCUUAGGCUGGCGGGAGGGACGCAUCCGGUGCAUUCGCGAGAUCCAGUUGCCGGUACCUGGAAUCUGCUUGCGCGAGGCAGUGGCGGCACCGACGGCCUGAGGUUUCCGGUCAGCAGGUUGCGGAGGAUCGUGCGGGUAGCAAAAGGAGGGCGAGUGCUCCUGCGGCCCCAAACAGCAACCAGGCUGUUUUUAUUUGCUUUUGGCAUCAAGUCCUGCUUGCAUCAUAGAAUGAGUCAGUGUUCCCUCGUUUACAAUAUUCUGGAAGAUGCUAUUGGAAUGAUCUGUUUGGUAGAAUUCUCCUGUGAAACCACUUUUGUCUGGUGUUUUCAUUAUUAAUAUUAAGUGAAUAUUAAACUUUAAAUAUUUUCAAAUUUUUUAAUUAAAAACUUGAAAUUUGCUUCCUUAACAUGUUUAUUUUAUAUCAAGUUUUAUGCUUGAAAUGGCUACACACAAAUCCUGAUCAAGACUUUUUAAUGAAGUGUUCUUCAAAUUCUUAACAGUCACCAAUAAAAAUCUUUUUUUGUACAAUUAGGUGAUAAAGUAUUUAAAACCAACUUUUAAGUUGUUUAAAAAUGUUUAAUAAGUGAAAUGAUAUCUAACAACUUUUGUUUCACUGACAAAUAUAUUUUUAAAACUUUCUUGUGAUAAUGUGAUUAGAUUUCAAAUCCAAUUGAACUCUUUGUAUUAACUGUUUCAAAAUAAUGAUGAAGCUCUUAUUUGCAGAACAUGCAUCAUUGUUAGAACCAUCACCCUGCAGCUAGCUUGGACACCAUUAAAAGGGCUCAUCAGCUGCAAACGGAUAGAAGUAUCUGAUAUCUGAAGACAGUUUCAGGGCUUCUCCUUGGAGCUACAUUCUCCAGAAGCCCCUGCUUGGCCUCCCUGCACCCAGCCCCACUCCAUCCAGUCACAACUUGGGUCGUGUGUGGUAUUUCUUGGCAACUGGAACAUAGACUUCUCCAGCAGCUCCACAGGCCCCUUGCCCUCAGUGAGCAGAAGACUACAGAAGCUGGCUACUGAAGAGGCCGUCCAAGUCUUAGAGCUCCUCAUUGGCCCUGCUUAGCACAGUGCUGUAACUGAGUGCUGGAUGUUAGUCGUUCAUGCUCACCACCUUUAGGGACUGCAAAGGGAUUUGUCAGACCCCAUUUCACUAAGGGCCACCCUCUAAGGAUCUCAACAGGAGGCUGUCCAUAGAGAGAAGUGGCCUGCCUAGGGUCUCCACUGCCUUAGGUCCUAUGUGGACACUCCAGAUCUAAGGGGAUUAGUAUUUUUUCACCUACCUGUCAUCCACUUAUCAACUGGGAAAUUUCGUCUCCUGUUAUUUUUUGUUCUUGUGUUUGUUUUUUAGUAGGAAGAGUUUUAUCUAUUGCUUCAAUUCCUUUAGUAGUUAGAGGACUAGUCAGGAUUUCUUUUUCAUCUUGAAUUUAUUCUACUAAGUUAUAGUUUUCUGGGAAUUGGUCCAUUUUUUCUGCCUUCUCAAGUUUAUUAGCAUUAAGUUUCCUUAUUUUUUUUUAUUUUCUGCUGUAUACAAUCUGUAGUUAUGUCUCCUUUUUCAUUGCUAAUAUUGGUAAUUUGUGCCUUCUCACUUUUUUUCUUGAUCAAUCUCACCAGAGGUUUGUCUAUUUUAUUAGUCUUUUCAAAGAACCAGCUUUUGGCUUUGUUGCUCCUCUCUAUUUUGUCUUUGUUUUCUAUUUCUUUAAUUUCUGCUCUUAUCUUUUUUGAUCUCCUUCCUUCCACAUUUUUUGGAUUUAUUCUGUUGUUAUUUUUCUAAUUUCUUAAAUUUGACACUGAGCUCAUUAAUUUUCAACCUUGCUUGUUUUCUUAUUUGCACAUUUAAGGACAUAACUUUCCCUCUAAUUACUGCUUUUCUACAAGUUCAGACAUGUUAUAUUUUGCAACUGUUUGGUUCCAAGUACUUUGGCAUUUCCAUCAUGGUUACUUUUUUGACUUGUGAGUUAUUUAGAAGUGUGUUUCUAAAUAUUUGGAGAUUUAAAAAUUUAUCUCUGUUACUGAAGUCUGUCUUAAUUGCAUUAUAGUCAGGAUGUGAUCUGUGUGAUUAAAAACUGAUAUUUAUUGAGACUUGUUUUAUGGCUUAGUAGUGAUCAAUAUUUUUGAAUGUUUCCUAUGUGCUUUAUAAGAAUGUAUGUUCUCUAAUUGUUGAAUACAGAGUUCUAUAUAAGUCUGUUAUCAAAUUUGUUCAUUGUAUUAUUCACAUUUUCUAUAUAUAAACUGAAUUUUUGGUCAUAAUAUACCAAUAAUUGUAAGGUGUAUUAAUAUGCAGUUAUGAUGGUGAUUUGUUUAUUUCUCCUUGUAGUUCUUUUUUUCUUUUAGUUAUUUUUGAGAGUAUUUUAUUAGGAAUAUUCAAAUUAAGAAUUGUUAUAUAUUCCUGGUAAGCAUGUAAUGACCCUCUCUAUUCCUGAUAAUGCAUUCUUCCUGUUUUAUCUCACAUUAAUACAGCAACACAAAUUUUUCUUCUUGUUAGGAUUUGUGUGGUAUAUAAUUUUCCAUCCUUUUACUCUUCAACAUUUUCAUGCCUUUAUACUUUAAUUAUAUCUCUUGGGAAUAGCAUAUAGCUGGACCUUUUAAGAAGUCUGAUCUAAUGAUCUCUUUUUUAAUGAUGACUUUAGUCUGUUUACAUUUAUUGUGAUAUAUUUUGACUUGUUUCUACCACCAUAAUUUUUAACCUCUAUUUCCUACUACCACCUUUUUGAUGCUUCAUUUUCCUCCUUUUUUUGCCUGCUUUUUUAGUUUUAAAAUUUGUUUGUUUGCUUUUUCGAUUAUUUUUUUCCUCCCUGCUCUUUGGAAUUUGCCUGUUUUUUCCCAUUCUUUCUGUGGUUAUCCUUGAAAUUUUACCAUGCAUGUUUAACUUACAAGGUUUAAAGUUGAACAUUAUUUUAACCUCCCUCUUGAAGAAUUCAGGAACCUUUGAAGCCUUCAACUCUAGUCAUUCCUAUCUUAACUACAUGUUAUUUUUUUGAGUAUGUUUGUUUGUUCCUUUUUCUCCCCUAACCUUACUAAUAUAACAUCAUUAGUAUAUUUUACAUAGAUAGUUGUGUUCGGAUUUACAUGCAUACAUUCUUGCAUCUCAGACAUCAUUCUGGGAUCAUUUUCCUUCAUUAUGAUUACAGUGUUUAACUGCUCUUACAGUACAUGUCUGUUGGUGUUAAAUUCUCCUAGUCAUUAUUAUAUGUGAAUUUAUUUAUUCUCAUUCUUAAAAGAUAGUUUGUUAUAGGUAAUAUUAGAAGUCCACUAUCUGUCUAAUUGCUAUUUUUUCUCUUUUCUUGGGGGUUGGAUAUUCAUGGGAUUCUGCAGUUUCAUUCUAUCAGUGUUUACAUAUGUUUUUCUUUUUUAUUAUUAUACUUUGGAGAUGUUCUUCAUGCCUCUGGGUUUAUGUUUUUCAUAAUUUCUGGGAACUUCUCAGCCUUGUCUCCAAAUAUUGCCUGUCUUCCAUUCUUUCUAUAUUUUCUUUCUCAGAAUUCAGUUGGUCAUAUUUUGGACCUCCUCAUUCUAUCUUCCAUAUCUCAUAAUGUCUCAUUGAUAUUUUCUAUUGUCUUGUCUUCCUGAACUUCAUUCUAGGCAAUUUCUUUAGCUAUGUCUUUUAGCUUAUUGAUUCUCUCUUCAACUCUGUCUGAUCUGCUGUUUAAUCUGUCCACUGAGUUUUUUAUUUCAAGAAUUAUAUUUUUCACUUAUACAAACUUCAUAUAUUUCACUUUCUAAUCUUCCCAGUCAUCCCUAAUAGUCUCUUGUUGCUUUCUCAUCUUUGUGAUUGCAUUUAUUAUUUCUUUAAACAUUUUAUACAAUUAUUAUUCAACCAGUAAUCAUUGUUUGUCUAAGUAUGGCAUUAUAAAUAUUGUUCACAUCCAACUACAUAGUACAGUUGGAUUACAUAUCCUCUGUUGUAUGCCUUUUUGUUUUCUUAGUAACUGGUUUUUUUUUUUCUUUUGCCUAGUGUUCUAAUACCAUUACUAGUUCUUCUCUGAAAUUCUUUUUAAAAUUCAUAUCAGAUCAUGUCCCUCCUUUGCUCAAAAUUCUCCCAUAGCUCCCAGCUCCCUUAGAAUAAAAGCCAAAGCCCUCACCAUGGCCCAAAAGUCUUUACACAACCUGGUCCCCAUCACCUCUCUGAUCUUCCACUCUCCCCAUCACUCACUGUUCUCCAACCACAUUGUAUUCCUUAAGCAUGUCAGGUAUCUCCCCCCACCAACUUCAGAGCCUUUGUACUUGCUAGUCUCACAUCUAGAAUACUCUUCUUCCCAGAUAAUCUGAUGACUUACCCACCCACUUCCAGUAUGCUCAAAUGUCACCUCCCUAGAGAAGCAUUCCCUGACUGACAUAUCUAAAAUAACCCCAUUCACCAGCACUUUCUAUCCCCUUAUCCUCCUCUAUGUUAUAUUUUUCUACAAAUCACUGAUGACCAACUGAUAUAUUUAUUUACUGUGAUCAGUGUUUGUCUCUCCACAAUAGACUGUAAGCUGCACAAAGCAAGGACUGUUGUUUUGUCCAUAGUUGUCUCUCUAGUGUUAAGAAUAGUGCAUAGUCAUAUUUAAUGGACAUUCAAUAAAUAUUUUUGGAAUAAACUGAGUGAAUUAAUUAAUGAAUUAAUGUGGAGGAUAAAGGGAGAAAUGCAUUGAGAACUCAACUAGGCAUGAAGGCCUUUCGUGUCAUGCAAAGGAGCUUGAGUGUUAUUGUUCAGAAGGGUAGGGGCUGUAAAAAAAGCAGUGAGGAUAGCUCCUGGAUUCUUUUGAGAAGCAAGUUCAGAGUUGAUAGGGUAGUAACAAAACCCCAUCUUUAUGACUGGCUCUAUACCCUGGGCUCUUGAAGGUAAACCAGCCUCUUUCUCAAACAGCCCUCAAACUGCUGUGUUGUCAUGCCUACCUGUUUACUUGGUGAAAACCAAAGCCCCUGCUCUGAUUAGGCCUUUUGGUCCCAGCUAGGAUCCUCCUUUCUCCAGCCUGUGAGAGACUGUUUCUUCGUCCUCAGGCCAAGCCGAUCACCCCCAUUAGACUUUUUCUGUAGUACUUAGGUUGGGGGUGGUGGUACAGCAGCUGGUAUAAAGCCUGGAACAUAGUAAGUGCUGUCAUAAUGAUGGACACUUCAGGGAGGUAAGUUUCAGUUCAGAAAAUUUUUUUCCAUUGUAAAGGCUACAACAGGUUGUGAGGUGUUUUUUUUGUUUUAUUUUAUUUUAUUUUAUUUUUUUUCCCUUUAUUUAUUUAUUUUUUUUCAGUGGGUUUUGUCAUACAUUGAUAUGAAUCAGCCAUAGAUUUACAUUUUUUAAUCCUGGCCUUUCCCCUAACCCCCUUGUGGGCCAGCAUGGCUCCAGUGUUUUUGUCUACCCAUGACUCUUUAGAUACUAAUUCUGUUUAAUGUGUAGCCUACUCCCCUGGCUUUUUGUAACACACUGAUUUCAUCAGAAUGCUGUCAAUACACACAGGUCCCUGUGGCAUACCCCUAGAGACAUCCUCUCUGGGCCAACAUCAGUUCAUUAAUCAUUGUCACAUUGGUUUUAACCAGCCAACUAGUUAUACGUUCACUGCAGCAAAGUUGACAGGACACCUAGUACGUAUCAGGCCUCCUGUCCCGCAUUGAGGACACAGAGAUGAACAGGUGUGUUCUCAGACACACAACCAUCAUCUCAGGGCAGUGGUCAAUACAGUGAUAGUGAUGAUACAAGAGACUGUGAGAGACCCUAUCGAACACACCAACCCAGCUCAGGGUACCAAGGAAGGUUUCAUUGGAAGAGGUGGUAUGUGAACUGACUCUAAAAAAGAUGAGUAGGAAUCUUCUAGUGACUAGCAAGAGGAGAGGAAGGCAGUCCAGGCAAAAUGUACAGCAUGGGCAAAGGCCCAAAGAUGGGAAACAAUGUGCUGUACACCAACCUAAUUGCAUUCACUGUUCACCUUUUUUUCUAUGAGAUCAUUCUAGGAGACCAAAAUUCUGACAUGAGGAGUUUGUGCUAAUCUGUUAACUCCAGAAAAGCAGUGAAAAGUUGGUUGGACACGACUGUCCUCAAACUUGUCCAUACCAGCUUCCAACGUUCGUGUAUUCCUUAAAUAGAUGAUAGUGUUUAUAUUACCUGCUUCCUUUGUACCUCCCCUGGGGUUGGGGUCAGUCCCACUGUCCUGGAGGUUGUGGAGUCUCCCUCAACAACUUGUAUAAAGAUCUCAUGGAGAGGAGUUUUUCUGACUCCUGAUAUCAACCAUGGCAUAAAGACUAUUCAUCUUUCAGGGAAUGGACAGGGCCUGCCUGCCUGUCUUGUUCUCGGACAUUAGGGUUAACCUCCUCUAGGAUUAAUUCAUACCUCUAAUAAUCUAGGACAAGUUGGUUGUAGAGUCUGGCAAGCCUAGUUUCAAAGUAUGGAGCCCCCAUAUCUUGGUUGUGUGACCUUAGCCAUGUCACCUGUCCUUUCUUUAAGUGUCAGUUUACUCAUCAGUAAAAUGAGUUGAAUACUCACCUUGAAUAGUUGUGGGUGUUAAAGCAUAUGUGAGGUACUUGGCAGCUGACCACUAUUUAUUGAACACCAGUAUUAAAGGGAGAAUGGCCUAGUGGUUAAGAACAUGAGCUGAAGAUCCGGACCAACCUGGAUUUGGAUUAUAGCUCAACUACUUACAAACAUUGGGACCUUGGUCAAGUUUCCUAACCUUUUUAAAAACCUUAGUAAAAUGAACUUACUGCACCUACCUCAGAGUAUGUUCUUGUAGCAGGAUUUAUAUGUGAGGUGGGAGCCUUCACAAACCUUGGACCCCUCCCCAGCCUGCCCUCUCAAGAGACUCCCCCCCUCCCCAGGGGACCUACCUUUAGCUUCCCCCUCUCUAAGGCUAACAAAGAGGACUGAGCUGGCCCCUCAGAGCCACAGGGCUACCUUGUUAUAGGAGCUUUCUUAUGUUAAUUGGCUGUUGCAUUUCUGGAAUUAACCCAACAUUUUCAUCUUAUGUUAAAUCUUUUUUUACUCAUACUAGAUUUGUUUUGCUAAUAAAUUCUUUAGGAUUUUCACACCUUUGGUCAUCCACCAUAUUUGUCUGGUCAAAGUUAUUAGAGGGCUCAUCCAGUAAAUAAAUUAGUUGGUCCAGUCCAUCUAAUUUCUCAAAUUAAUUGUAUCCUCUUGUUGUGUAAUUUCUGCUUUAUCUUUUAUGUUGUUCAUAUUAUUUAUUUGUGCCUUUUCUCUCUUUCUUGAUUAGUCCCUCCAGA